UCCUCUCAGCUGCUACUCUUCGCCGCCAAGGCCUCCCGUCUGCUGCGGCGUCCCCCUUCGUGCUGAGACGCAGCGAGAGCCACAAAGCCGCAACGCACCGAGGAGAGUCUGUGUUGCGGGCGGCAAGCUCCCAUGAUGCCGGGACUCCUCCCCGCGCUCCCCUGCCUGCUCCUUCUCUCCUUGCCGGGCCCCAGCGCCGGCUCCGACGACGACGGCACCGUGGUGCUCACCACCAGCGGCCCCAUCCGGGGCAAGCGUCUCCCAGUCGGCUCCAGCUCAGUGACGGCCUUCCUGGGGGUCCCCUACGCCCCGCCUUGGAGCGACGUCUUGGAGGCCACCAGCUUCGGCCACGCCUGCCCCCAGCCUCCGCUCACUGAUUCUCCUCAGGCUGAGAUAUACACACCCAAAACGCCGCAGUCCGAGGACUGUCUCUUCCUCAACCUCUGGGUGCCCUACCCGCAGCCCAACGGGACGGCCCCCGUCUUCGUCUGGAUCCACGGUGGGGGGUUCUACAUGGGCGCAGCCUCCCUUGACAUCUAUGACGGGCGCUUCUUCGCCACCACCGAGAACGUGAUUAUAGUCUCCAUGAACUACCCCCCCCCCCCGCCCGCCCCGGGGAACGCCGGCCUGUGGGACCAGCGCCUGGCACUGCGCUGGCUACGGGACAAUGUGGCCGCCUUCGGAGGAGACCCAGAACACGUGGUGAUUAAUGGCCAGGACUCUGGGGCUGCAUCGGUCGGUUUCCACCUCCUCUCCCCAGGGAGCCAGUCCCUCUUCGCCCGUGCCGCGCUGCUGAGCGGAGCACCAAACGCGCCAGGGACGUGGGUUUCCCUCGAGGAGUCGCAGGAGAGAGGACAGAGGCUGGCCCAGCUGAUGGGCUGUUCCGCUGGGGACAGCACUGCCCUGGUGGGCUGCCUGCAGGAGAAGGAUGCAGGAGAGUUCCUCAAAUACCAGUUCUCCGUCUUCAGCCACAAACAGCUGCCAAAGCUGCCCUUUGUGCCAACCCCGGAUGGGGAUUUUCUCCCUGAUACACCCCCCCGGCUCCUGCGGGCCCAGCACGGCCCAGCUAAAAGUAUCGCAAUUGGUUUCAAUGCCAACGACGGCUCCUACUCCUUAUACCAUAUCGAUCGCGCUUUCGACCCGGACGACGCCAGCUCCAUCGGCUGGGAGGAGCUGCUGCAGGUGGUGCGGCUGUUAGUGCCACGCGCACCUGAAGGCACCGUCCAGGCCAUAGCACAGCGGUACAGCCUGGAGGGGAAACAGGAGGGCGUGGCACGGUACCGCUGGGCCAUGGAUCAAAUUAUGGGUGACUAUCUCGUGGUGUGCCCGGUGCUGGAGAUGGCCAGGCUGGAGGCGAUGGCUGGAAAUCCCGUGUUCACGUACUACUUCGCUCACCGCACCAGCGGCUUGCCCACACCUGAAUGGACUGGAGUGGCACACGGCUCGGAGGUGCCCUACGUUUUUGGAACCCUGGCGUCCGUGGUAGGAGCCAACUACACAGCGGCCGAGGUGAUGCUGAGCCGGCAGGCGAUGCGGUACACUGUGGCGUUUGACCGGAGCGGGAAACCCAUGACGGGGGAAGGCGGCACAAAGCGGUGGCCCAGCUAUGACCCGACAAAGCAGAACUUUGAGCACAUCGGCCUCAAGCCGCCCCUAGCUGAGACGGCGCCGCACGCCUCGCGCUGUGCGUUCUGGGCCGCGCUGCUCUCGGAGAAACCAAGCGUUGCAGGUGUGGGCUCCGGGGAGUUGGGAAUAAAGAGCUGAGCAAUCCCAGUCCCUGCAGAGAAGAGCCUCCAGUUCCUGUUAGCGCCUGCUGAAUCAUUAACGAAGAUUCUGCUAAUUAACCUGCUGGGGGUCCGUGGCCUGACCCUCCCUCUGCGAUUCCUCCAUCCCCGGUGCAUUAAAGCGUGUUCAGUCUGGAGGCAGA